CACUAAUGGGACCAGCCCAGAGACUCAGGCCUUUCUGCCUCCUCCCGAGUACCUGCUGUGCACUCCCUGGCCUCCCUUGCACCUGGCACAGCCACUAAGGGCCUGUUUCCUCUGCAGGUGAUGGCGAAGCACUGCUCCUUGAAAGAGGAUGGGGCCGUGGGGGCAACCCCCAGUCAUGGUGUGCCCCAACUGAACCCCAGCAAUUCUGAAUCUGGACCCCAACAAAGUGCACAGAGUGACAACCAGGGCCCCCGCCUUGGGGACAGAGCUGAGUGCUACUCCUGGUCGAUGCCUUCCCAAGACCUGCAGAGACAUGCUGUCCCAGACACCCCCCUGUGCAGGCCUGAGGUUAAUGCUGUCUUUAGUGGACAUCGGGAGUGUCCCUCACUGGGGGCCACCAAAGAUGCCAGGAGUUUCAGAGGAGGACCCUCUGUUGAGGGCCCGCACACACCAUUGGACAUCUCCAGUGAGAACGAGGAGGAACUUCCCAGUCUCUCCUUCCUCCUGGCCUCCCAGCACCACCUGCUGCCCUUGGGCUUUGCACAGAGCGAGGCCUCUGCUGAAGACCUGCCCUGCCUUGGAGCUGGGAAUCCUUGCAGAGCACCAAAACCCCUGUCUACCCACUUAAGGGAUCCUAGGGGACCCCUCCCACAUGCUGCAAAGUCCAGGAAGCAAGCUCUGCAGGGAGGCCAGGGCCCUGCAAUAAAGAAGCCCUGCCCAGUGCCUCAGCUCAGGGCUUCUGGAGGGCAGGCCCAGGCUCUGGGCUCUGUGGGAAACUCCCAGGCUCAGAAGAGGAAACAUGACCACUUGGUCACCAGGAGGAGGAAGAAGCACCAUUCAGCCCACUAGGUGGCGCCAGGGCUCUGGGAGCAGCUCCUCCAGGUGCAGCCUGAAGCACAUGGACCCUAACUCUGCCCUGCACCCAAAGUGCUGACCCUACUGUUCCUCACCACAAAAGGAGCUCUAGGAGCCCCGGGUGGAGGGACCUGGGGCAGGAGUGUGGAAUCAUCCCUUUGGGACUUUGUUUGUGUAAAUAAAGGAAGUUACAUUGGAAAUCGUCUCUGCUCUGCUGCCCUCUGUCCUGGCGUCAGUGGGGAGAGGACGGUGAGGCAAGACAGACGGGGAUGCCUGCUCGUGGCUGCACAGUGGCCUGACCGAAGUCUCCCUCCGGGUUC